AAAAGCAUUUGCGUGCAACUUUCCCCCUUUGAAUCUCUCUCCUGAACCUCCGCAUAUGCUUCCCGCAUCUUCGUCUUAUCCUUCCGCCACUUCCAAGUCUUUUUUCGCUACAAAAACACACACACAGGAAAGUGGAAACGCACACCUUCUCUCCCUCUAAUGGCGCGAACGAGUAGUACGCCGGUUUUACACCACAAUAAUCCUCUCUUCACCUUGAAUUCCAAGCCCUCUCACUCGCUCUUCUUCUUCAAGAGCUCGUUUCUAUACUCCAAUUCUCUCUCUUCUUCUAAUUUUUCCCCGCCGAUUCAGUUGCAUUUACUUAAGCAGUCGCGGAAUUCUUUAUGUGCUCCUAUCGCGCGGGUCUCCACCGCGCCGGUGGAGUACGCGCCUCCUGCGCCGGAGUUUGACUUUGAUAAGGAAAUUGCCAGGCUCAGGGCGCUGAGAGAGGCUCUAGCUAGUUGCGGGACGUUGGUGGAGAAGUUAAGGACGAUUGACUCGGAUUCUAGGGUUAAGUCUUUUUUCAAGUCGUGGAGGAACGAUUUUGGAGGGGUGAGUUUGAGUGAUUGUGAUUUGUAUUUGCUGAAAUGCGUGGUGGCCGCCGGGCAAGAGCAUGUGUUGGGUGAAUUUGGGGCGGAGUUGGCAAAUGGAGAGAUUGAAAUAGGAAGGAGUUAUAUAAAAAAUGCACUCUACGCUUUGGCGGAGAUGAUUGAGAGUUGGGAUGUGGAUGGCGGGAGUAGAGGUCAUGGUUUGAAAGACGAAGAGAAAGCGGCGUUGAAGUCUCUGUUGAAAAUGCUUGGAGAACUUGAGCAGUUCUAUGAUUGCAUUGGUGGAAUCAUCGGAUAUCAGGCGACAGUCUUAGAGCUGCUUGCUCAAUCAACACAUGAAGGGCAAACCAUUAAUUGGUCUGAGCAAGCAGGUAUGUUAUUGAAAUGCCAGUUUGUUGAAAUUCACUCCCCUUCUGUCCUCGAUCUUUCAGAAGAUAUCGAAUAUGCAUCUCAAGCCGCUCUUUGGGGAAUUGAGGGUUUGCCUGUCUUAGGAGAAAUUUAUCCUCUGGGAGGGUCAGCAGACAGGCUUGGCCUGGUUGACCCUGAAACAGGUGAAUGCCUUCCUGCUGCAAUGCUUCCUUACUGUGGGCGAACUUUGUUGGAAGGCCUUAUAAGAGAUCUUCAGGCUAGAGAGUUCUUGUACUUCAAGUUGUAUGGAGAACAGUGCAUCACCCCUGUUGCAAUUAUGACAAGCUCAGCAAAAAACAACCAUGGGCAUAUUACUUAUCUUUGUGAAAGGUUCGGAUGGUUUGGAAGAGGAAGAUCGAGCUUCCAAAUUUUUGAACAGCCUCUUGUUCCAGCUGUUACUGCUGAAGAUGGGCAGUGGGUUGUAACAAGACCAUUUGAACCUGUGUGUAAGCCUGGGGGUCAUGGUGUGAUUUGGAAACUGGCCCAUGAUAAAGGGGUUUUUAAAUGGUUCCAGAGUCACGGAAGAAAGGGAGCAACUGUUAGACAAAUCAGUAAUGUUGUAGCUGCCACAGAUUUGACUCUGCUGGCUUUGGCUGGAAUUGGUUUGCGCCAAGGAAAGAAAUUAGGAUUUGCCUCAUGUAAACGUAAUUCUGGGGCAACAGAAGGCAUCAAUGUUCUACUUGAGAAGAAGAAUUUAGAUGGAAACUGGGCAUAUGGCUUAUCCUGUAUUGAGUACACUGAGUUUGACAAGUUUGGUAUCACGGCUGGGCCCCUUUCUCCCAGCGGAAGCUUGCAGGCAGAUUUUCCUGCUAACACAAAUAUACUUUACGUGGAUUUGCCCUCUGCUGAGCUUAUUGGAUCAAGUAAAAGUGAAAGCAGUUUGCCAGGAAUGGUGCUUAAUGUUAAAAAGCCUAUUACAUAUAUGGAUCAAUUUGGAAUGAAACACUGCGUUUCUGGAGGCCGUCUGGAAUGUACAAUGCAAAAUAUUGCAGAUAAUUUUGCCAACACCUAUUCUUCUCGAUGUCAUAAAGGCGUAGAAGAUGGGUUAGACACCUUUAUUGUGUAUAAUGAAAGAAGGAAAGUUACAUCUUCUGCUAAGAAGAGAAGGAGACAUGGAAAGUCUCUGCACCAGACUCCAGAUGGUUCUCUGUUGGACAUCAUGCGUAAUGCUUAUGAUAUACUUUCUCAUUGUGAAAUAACAAUUCCGAAGGUCCAGGGUAAUGAAGAAUAUGUUAAUUCUGGACCUCCAUAUCUCAUCCUCCUCCAUCCUGCUCUUGGCCCCCUUUGGGAAGUCACCAGACAAAAGUUUCGUUGUGGUUCCAUUGCCAUGGGUUCUGAGUUGCAAAUAGAGGUUGCAGAGUUUCUGUGGAGGAAUGUUCAGCUUGACGGAAGUUUGCUCGUUUUGGCUGAAAAUGCUGUGGGCUCAAUUGAAAUCAAUGAAAAUGGUGAACCUAUAAUACAGUAUGGAAGGAGGUGCGCUAGGUGCAAAUUAGAGAAUGUGAAGAUACUGAAUAAUGGAAUAGAUUGGAGCUCACGUGAUAAUGUUUACUGGAAGCAUGACGUGCAGCGGUUCGAGGCCUUAAAGGUGAUACUGCAUGGAAAUGCUGAAUUUGAAGCAACGGACGUUGUAAUACAGGGCAAUUAUGUUUUCAAUGUCCCAGACGGCCACAAAAUGCAGGUUACAUCAGGAAUUUCAGGUUUAGACGUCCAGUUGAAGCCUAUUGAGGAGGAUUUGAUGGAUAGUGGAACCUGGUUUUGGAACUACAAAAUAAGGGGCACACACAUUGAAUUAGAAUUGAUAGAGUUGUAAAGACCUAACCUUCCACAGCCUUCAUCGUGUGAAUCAUUGUUCACAGAUAACGCAGUGGUCUCAGAUAGUUGGUUCAGCUGCUUGGUUGAACAGAAGUUGAACCCAUUUUCAGAAUCAUAUCCUAUUGUAAUAAGUUGAGUGCUAGUAUGACCAGAGGGUCAGAGCUGCUGAUCUUGUAAUUCAUAUGUAAAUUUUGUUAAAGAACAAGGCCCAAGUAAUAUAGUGGUUACAGUCUUUCAGUUUCACCUCA